AUGCGUCGCCAUGGCAGGUCCAGUGGCGGGCCAACGAAGGCUGCCUCACCCAUGUCCGAUACCGUCUCCCUCAUACAUUCAUUCGAUUCGGUCCUAAACCCAAACCGUCCCGUCCGACCUUCGCCCUUGGCCUCCUCCCACAUCAAAGCUUUGCCGCUAGAGCUGAUAGACCGACUGCGCUCCUUCCCGCUGUUCCAGGCCACUCCGGAAUCCUUUCUGAUUGAGGUCGGACAGCACCUGCGCCCGCAGCUCCAUGCGCCCAACGAUUAUAUUUUGACGGAAGGCGAUGAGGCCAAGGCCAUAUAUUGGCUGGUGCGGGGUGCUGUCUCGGUCACAUCCCGAGAUGGUGAGAGUAUAUAUGCCGAACUUCAACCCGGUGCGUUCUUCGGCGAGAUUGGCUUGCUCAUGGAUCGUCCUCGGACUGCAACCAUUAUCGCCCGGACUCGAUGCAUGCUGGUCGUGCUCACCAAGGACGAUUUUCGAAAUAUAUUACCCCGGUUUCCAGAGGUUGAACAAGCGAUCCGGGAGGAGGCGCAGGAGCGCUUGAUGAUUCUGGAGAAGAAGAAAAAAGAAACAUCUGCGCCUGCGCUGGAUCUGGAUCCGCCGAGCCCCGCGCGAAGGGGUUCAAAAAGACUACGCGAAAGCUUCUCAAAAGAUUUGGCUGUUGCUGAAGACGAAGAGGAUUUGAGUGCCAAGUCUGUGUACAAAAAGAGGAAGUCACCGAGCCCCGGCCGGCGGGAUGGAUCCAGUGCAUUGGCAAACGGAUUGGUGAACGUACGGCUCUUACUGAAAGAGCUCCCCCUUUUCUCGGGGCUGCCAGCCGACAUCCUUCAUUUCCUUGGUCUAAAUGCUCAACCGCGCUCAUUCCCUCCAUUCCACGAUAUUAUACGACAAGACUCCCAGGGCCGUGAACUCUACUUCAUUGUUCGUGGUGAAGUGGAGGUCUUAACUGAGAAGACGGAUCAUAAUCACACGUCCAAUCACCGACCAAACGGGUUAGAACAGCCAAAGUUGGAGAUCAAAGCCCGAUUAAAACAAGGGCAAUAUUUCGGCGAAGUUGUCAGUCUCGCACUAGCACCAAGACGGACCGCCACGGUUCGUUCCGUCACUUCAGUCGAAUGUCUGAUGCUGGACGGUGAUGUUCUUGCAGAAUUCUGGCAGAAAUGUCCCACUGGUGUUCGAGAACAAGUGGAAAAAACCGCCCAAGAAAGGCUUCAAGCUGCAGCUGAUGGGGACGUCGUCAUGUCAGACGAGACAGACAACCAGACAUCUCUGGGUGAUCUCGCACUUGACGACAAAGUGAAGAUUACUUCCUCGCGUCGACGCUCAAUGCCCCUCUUGACGCUCACGGAAACGGAGCUUGAUGGUCCACAUCAAUCUUCAUCAGUGGAAGACCAAGAUCAAGCCGUACUGCGGCCAUCUGAUCCCGACCCUUAUCUCAGCAUGGGACUGGAUAAGGUGCGGCUACGCAGCCGGCGUGGCUCGGUAGCUCCGCUGACCCCCGAAGAAGUUUCUGGGGAGCACCAGCGCUCGUCUCCUACUGAGCCUCGCUCCGCUGGGUCUUCGACAUUCGCUCUUCCAGAAUCAGUCAGUUUCUCAAGGCCAUACGAAUCCGAACGUCCCCGCAAGGAUGGCUCCAACGGCAUUGUCCCAGACAGUGUGUUGCUGAAUAUAUUCCAAUUCCUCGAACUCCACCACCUUCUCCGGCUUAGAGCCGUGUCAUCUCACUGGUCUGAGAUCCUGACCAGAUCCCCAGAUGUUCUGCACGAUCUAGACCUCAGCGUCUAUAACCGUAGGAUCACCGAUAACGUCCUCAUCAAAAUCAUAUGUCCCUUUGUCGGCGAUCGAGCUCGCUCUGUCAAUGUCAACAACUGCUUCCACAUCACCGAUGAAGGCUUCACAGCCUUGUCUGCUACUUGCGCUCCAACCACCAUUGUGUGGAAGAUGAAGAGCGUGUGGGAUGUUACAGCAUCUGCAAUCCUUGACAUGUCCAGCAAGGCUAUAGGCAUCCAAGAGGUAGAUUUGAGCAAUUGUCGCAAGGUCGGGGAUACACUUCUUGCACGGAUCGUCGGAUGGGUUGUACCCGCCGAUCAGAAGCCUGCCGAAGGCAAAUCGUCAAGCAUCAAGCCCUCGCUUCAGACAGCAGAAUCUACCGUAUACGGGUGUCCAGAGUUGAAAAAACUCACGUUGUCUUAUUGCAAACAUGUCACUGAUCGUUCCAUGCAUCACAUUGCGUCUCAUGCUGCUGGUCGGAUUGAAGAGAUAGACUUGACUCGUUGUACCACAAUCACGGAUCAGGGGUUCAAGUACUGGGGAAGUGCCCGGUUCACCAACUUGCGGAAGCUCUGCUUGGCAGAUUGCACAUACCUAACAGACAAUGCCAUUGUGCAUCUAACCAAUGCAGCUAAGAACUUGGAGGAUCUUGAUCUGACUUUCUGCUGUGCAUUAUCAGAUACCGCAACCGAGGUCCUUGCCCUUCAAUGCUCACAAUUGAAGUAUCUCAAUAUGGCAUUCUGCGGAUCUGCAAUCUCUGAUCCCUCGUUACGAAGCAUCGGUCUUCAUCUUCUUUCACUGAAGCAUCUGUCUGUACGAGGAUGUGUUCGAGUUACCGGCAUCGGUGUUGAGGCUGUAGCGGAAGGGUGCCACCAACUCGAAGUCUUCGACGUCAGCCAGUGCAAAAAUCUGUCGCCUUGGAUCGAGGAUGGUGGCGCCGUCCGCUACCAGCCCAAAAUCGAGUUCAAAACUGUUGCUACUAGCAAGAGGUAUCGUCGGUGA